CAAGUUUUGGAAAAUAUUUUUCUGAAAGCGGAUUUUACUUGCAAGCGACAACAAGUACUUCAUCUUUGGAUUGUUUGUACUUGUUUUUCAUCUUAACAGCAAAGCCUGAAGAUGGCUCGUCGUGGACCCCGACUCCUCGACAGUCCCCUGGACUUCGCUGCAGACAUCUGGAUCCUGGAUGACAGUCUCCCGAGCACCACCUCUUCUGGUGAAGCACAGGACUCUGAUACCCAGAGUGUCAGUGAAGGUGAGUAUGGUGAGUAUAUCCCUCUCUCACCCUCCCCCGCUUCUGUUGAAGCACAGGACUCUGAUAUCCAGAGUGUCAGUGAAGGUGAGUAUGGUGAGUAUAUCCCUUUCUCACCCUCCCCCGCUUCUGGUGAAGCACAGGACUCUGAAAUCCAGCUCCCUCCCGAUUGGCAGGAUUGGUUUAACCCUUUUGCUUCAGGUGAUGCCCCAUUCGUUAUGCCGUCUUUCAGCCUCGCCAACGACCUACUCUUCCCUCAAGUCGUUGUCCCAGCUGCUCCUCCUUCAGCUGCUCCUUCUUCCCCUGCUCUCUUAUCUACUCCCUCAGCUGCUUCCUCUCCUGCUCCAUCACCUCCUCCCUCAGCUGCUCCUUCUUCCCCUGCUCUCUUAUCUACUCCCUCAGCUGCUUCCUCUCCUGCUCCAUCACCUCCUCCCUCAGCUGCUUCUUCUUCACCUGCUCUCUUAUCUUCUCCCUCAGCUGCUUCCUCUGCUGAUCCCACAGCUUCUCCUUCUCCUUCUCCUUCAACCUCAGCUCUCACCUCCUCAGCAAAGAGAAGCAGAGAAGACAUCUGCACUGAAGAGGUAAGUGCAAAGAGGUGGAAGGUAAGUGACACGUUCGAUGCCCCUUCAACAUCCUCAGGUUCUUUUGGAGUCAGACGUUUCUGGGAGAGGCCUUUUAGCCUUUCACUUGAUGACAGUGACUCUGAUUAG